AAAAUCACAAAAAGUCGUAACGGAUGCUUGACAUGCAAGAGGAAAAGAUUGAAGUGUGACGAAACAAAGCCAGUAUGUUUGAACUGUACCAGAAAGAAGAUCGAGUGUGGUGGGUAUGCCACAAAUUUCAAAUGGAUGUCAUAUGAGAAUGAAGAGGGUCCCGACCCAGAAAUAACUUCCAAACCAUCCGACAAGUCUCAGCUGCAAAACGACACUUUUCAAAAGCAUUUAGAGCUAGCAUCUCUCUCUAUGACUGGCAAAACACUCGACGACAUCAAAAUAGAAAAUGACCUUAUCUCGAAAGGACUUAACCCCAGAUCACACCGCAAACACAAACUCAGCGAUCCCAAAUCAACAUUGCCCAUGAAGAGAGCACGGAGUCUUUCACAAGAAUCCUUGCUGACAGAAAAAGUACUGGCACAGUCAUUACAAAGAUCAUUGAGUAGCAACAGCUGUGUACCGUCGGAACUAAAGUUGAUAAAGUCAGAAUUUGCUAAGACCAACCAUAACUUAGACUCGUUAGCAGAAGCAGCGAUUGAUGAGAUAGAGUCGUCUGGCUCGGGGUCUUUGUCUAAAUCGCAUUCACCUCUGCAUCAAGUGCCAUUCUCCCCCAAUUUUUCAGAGUUUCUAGUGAAGCACAAUUCAGAAUUGACGACUACAUCAAAAUACCCGGAGCCCAACGACGUGAACUUGACUCCUCCAAGAACACCAAAAAUAAGAUUAUUAAGCGGCACCAACUCACCUGUUGACAGCAUAAAUACCCCGUUGACCAUGAUAUUUGACAAUGACUCUGCUCGAUCAUUGUUACGGACUUCAGAUCAAGAACAAAUCCUCCAUUUGUAUUCCCUGUACACUUGUACCAUCAUGUCAAUCAAGAACGGAGCAAAUGAAAACCCAUGGAGGAAUAUGAUUAUACCAUUGGCAACCAAAUAUUCCUGCCUAUUCAAUUCUAUAGCAUCAAUGACCUUAUUUCACAUGGCAGGAAACAAUGAGUUAAGCAAUACUCGAAGUUACUUGAGAGCGAAAGGAUACACGUAUAUGAAAAGAUGUAUUGUUGAGUUGGCUACUGGGUUAUCAAGAACUAAUGAUGAUGAAAUUUCUCAAGAAUUACCUGCUGAUAUAGCGUUGGCAACUUGUUUAAACCUCGCGGUUGGAGAGUCCUGGGAUACCCACAUCUCCAGUGGGAUUGCCCACUUGAAGGGUGCGAAGAGUAUGAUCCAGAAAGUAUUGAAUUUGUUGCGGGAGCAACAGGCAUUCUUAUCAAAAAAGAGAAAGGAAUUGAAUAGCAGUCCAACUGCAUCAGAUUCGGAUUACACCGAGAUGAUCGAUAACAAGAAGAAGGACUUGCAAAAGAAAUUAAUUUUGUUGGACAAUCUGGAAUGGGAUAGAAUGGUCCAAGAAUCGGACGACUCGGAGUCGGCAGACGAAUUACGCUACAAGGACAAGAGUCACGCGGUUGCAAUUCCAAAGAGUUUGCAAUUCUUAUUCAAUAUCUGGAUUUAUUUUGAGGUACUUGCCCAAAUGACCACUGAUAACAAUAAUGACGACAAGGGUAUUGAUUUGGUUGCAACAAUUACCAGCAUGUUGCAAAAUUCCAGAAACAAGGAGAAGCAGUCCAGGCGAAUAAGGCUGGUCUAUAGUGAGACAGGCAACAGGGAUAGUCGUAGUGGCUUCAACUUGUUCGAUAACUUGGAUACAUUCAACUACAACAACGAAUAUGUCGAUCCGCUCUUGGGGUGUGCCCAGUCGCUCUUUCUGCUCAUGGGCAAGGUGGCAACCUUGAUAGCCAAGAUCAGAAAGAAGGGCUCCGACAAGACCCGCAAUUCCUUGACAAUCAUCACGGUUGCAGCCGAGCUCAAACACCAGUUGAUUGAAUGGAAACCCACCAUUACGCCAACCAUGUUGAAACAAGCCAAUUCCGGAGGAAUGUGCGAUGAUAGCAGCUCAGGAAACACCUGGGAUAUUUCCUCGUGCAUCACCACUGCUGAAGCGUACCGUUUUGCAACCUUGCUCUAUUUGCACCAGGCGGUUCCGGAAAUUCCUUCACUUUCGUCACACCAGUUGGCAGAGAAAAUCUUCAUAUUACUCGCAGCCAUUCCUACAACCUCCCACUUGUAUGUGGUGCAUAUCUUUCCAUUAUUGGUGGGCUCGUGUGAAGCUGAACCUGGCGAGGAGAGAGAAUGGUGCGAGGCCAGAUGGGCACACUUAUCUCAAAGAAUGUGGAUUGGGAAUAUCGACAGGGCGUUCGAAGUGGUGAAGGAGGUGUGGCGACGCAAGGAUGAGUAUCUUCAUAGAAAGCGCAGAAGCAUGGAUGCUAGCGACUUGAAGGUCAACGUCAGUAAUGAUGAACAGGACGGAAAAUUGCGAAACAUAUCAGCACAAAUUAGCGGGCUUAUGGCUGCGGUACAUAGUAACCAAAAUUCGUCGGUCGAGGAUAUCCUUGGCGGCAUCUCGUCACCCUUGCACUGGAACACUGUGAUGAAGGAAUGGGGCUGGGAGGUCCUCUUAGGAUAG